GCGCGACCCACAGCAACCAGAGCACCAGCAACACCGCAGCUUCUUCACUCCACACCCCACCCCCAAGCAACUAUAACCAGCCAGGAACAGCCACAGAAGAGCGAGAGCCAUAAAAAGUUUGUUGUACCGGUAGUUUUAAAAGAUCAAGAUGAUGGAAGAGCAAAGACAACAAGAGGGAUUGGCAGAAGAGGGCAGAAGAGAUGAAGCAAGGGGGGAGGAAGAGCCGCAAGAAGAGCCCUCUCCUCCUUUCGCGCCUCUGUCCACCUUUCAUCCCUUUGAUGAAAGUCGCAUGGAAUUGACUCCCGAAGAACGACAGUGGGCUCUGGAAAUCAAGCAAGCCAUCAAGGACACACCCGACUUGGAUCCUCUCAGCGACUUUCGCAUCGCCCAAUUGGCCGUUAUCGAACGUGGCGAUACCGAAGCCGCCCUGGACCGAGCCCUUCAUUUGCAAGGCUUUCGACAAGAAUACGAUAUACUCGACGCCCCUGCCGAUGGUCGCAAGUUUCUUCAACGACUCAUAAAGUUAUUUCCGCGAAUGUUUCUUUCGUUGAGUUUCAAUCCAGACGACGGCGACUACCACCUCGUCUACGAUAUUACUCAAUUCUCGGUACGGUCGAUGAACACUACUCGAGACUACACGAGCUGGCAUGCCGGCGUGUACUAUCUCUGCCAUUGCAUGACGGUGGAUUUCCAAGUCAUGAGACGAGGUGUCCAGGUCCUCACCGAGUGUGAAGGAUACGACUGGACGCGCAAUGUCGAUGCCCGGACCUUUCAACGAGAUUGGCUCGAAUUGGCCAUGUACUAUCCACUCAAAUUCCAAAAAAUACGAAAUCAUCGUGCCGGAGUACUUUUCAAUAUGUUUGUGGCACUGCUCAAACCAAUAGUACCCAAACGACUGUCAGACACAUUUGGCGGCAAUGUGACACAACUGGACGCUCGAUUGGACACCUAUUACCUCGUGCCGACGGUGGAAAUUGCCAAUCAAAGAUUGCUGUCGAGAUUGGAACAGAUCUUGAAACGACGAUACUACUUGGAAAAAUCCUUCUCACUGUCGCCCUCCUCUUGAUCGAGUUGUCAAGUACCAGUAUUCUUUGUCCCUAGCUAGGUCAGGUGUCUGACAUCAAGUGCCCGAUGUAAAUAGCAAAGGUAACCAGCAAUCCAAGCUACGACAUGAAGUAACUGUGCACCUUCAUAAUUCUUCUCUUUAUACAUUAUAUAAACAUUGAGAAUGCCUCUUUGAACAAAGUAUCUCUGUGCACACUCAGUCGUAACCAACAGACCAAAAAGUAGUGCGAUA